AUGAGCAGUAUUGGUGAUGAUUCAAUAUCUGCUAUGGUUAAACCGCACGAUAAUCAUCAGGGGAAGGAGCUAGUGGAACACGAGUCCAAAUUUUCACCCAGUGAAGACAGCUCUAGAGUUGUUGGGAGUGUACCUAACAUUGGCAGUUUGAAUUUGGACGAGGAGAUCAACAACCUACUUGAUAACCAUGACGACGUUUCCGGAUCAAACACCAAUAUCAUUUCAACUAGAUCAAACACGUUGCACAAUUUACUACCUGAGUUGGAUUUGGCAAAUUUGGAUCACGAAAGUGGCAACACCGUAACAGGGGCUCACAAUAACAACCACGAGGAUGAAGAACCCAGAACGGUUAGCAAUUCACAAUCACCCAGCCUUCAACCCACCGAUGCAUCCAAACCCGUUUCUCUAAUUCAACAAGCAAUUAGACAAAAGUCCAAUCUUGUAUCCGUAACUUCGGACGGCACUGAUGGCUCCCAGAAUCACGACGAAGGAAACCACCAUUCACGAGUCUCGGCAUACGCUCGACUUGACUUUGAAAAUUUCACUUUCUUUGUCCAAACCCUUCAAGUUGUCCUUGGGCGUAAAUCAAAUGAUGAAUUGUUACAAACCAGUCACCAUUCUGUGGAUAUUCAUUUAUCUUCUAAAAAGGCCAUAUCACGAAGACAUGCGAAAAUAUUUUACAAUUUUGGUACGCAAAGAUUUGAAAUUUCAAUAUUGGGUAGAAACGGGGCAUUUGUUGAUGAGGUAUUUGUGGAGAAAGGGUUGACUAUUCCUUUGAAGGACGGAACCAAGAUUCAAAUCGGCGAUAUUCCUUUUGAGUUUGUAUUACCUUCGAUUGAACCAAGUGAGGAAGAUGAAACCAAGCUCAAUCCAAGUGAUGUAAUCAACUUGCGUUCAGCAAUAUUUAACAAAAAAUCGCCAUCUCCUCAACCACUUCCUCAUCCUCCUCCUUCUGAAAAAUCAAAAUCAUCACCAAAGAAAGACGCAAAAAUUAAACUCGAAGACGUCAAGAAUGAUGAUCUUUUCAAACAGCCUACCAAACCAGCUGAACGCAAGAAUUCAAUUUCCAGACGCGAUUCCAUUCUUAAAAUUCGAAGAUUGUCAACUACAAGAAGAAAAUCACAGGCUGCUAAUGAUGAAAUCAAUGAGCUCUUGAAAGAUUUAGGAGUCACUUCAAUUGAUGCACUUGCAGAGGAAAACUCGGAUUUAUUGGAUGCGCAAAUUCAAAGCUUGUUGGCCGAAGCCGAUGCCGAUGUUGAUGCCGAAGUCGAUACAGAUAUGAGGGAGUAUGAUGAAUCACCAAUAAUAGACGAUGAGGAGGAUGAAAUUACGAAAUUGGAGAAUAAUGAAAUUAACGAUAUUGAAAUGAACUUGACGGUAUUGGAUCAAGAAAUAGCCAGUUUGGCACCGUUGAUCGACGCUCAUAAUCAAGAAUUGAUGAAGGAAAAAGAGGAGAAGAAGAAGGUACUAGAGAAGGAAAAAAAGAAGAAGCAACAACAACAACUACAAAGACGAAGAAGUUCAAUGGUUAAAUCAACGGUUACAUCCGGAAUUUUGGCAAAUUCUGAUUCAUCACCAUCAUCAACAACUACUCCUAGAUCUGCACCUCUUAUGGGGAAACCAGCAUCCAUACAACCACCUGCUUCAAGAUUGUACAAUAGAACCAUUAUUAAUGGCAUAACAUCAACGCUGACAACCGAUGGAAAAUCUCCUGCAUUUGCCGCUACAUCACCAACUUACGUUCCUAAGCAAAUAAUCCCACCUCGACCACCACCGCCAAAGUUGGAAGUUCCAGUAUUAUUAAUCACAUCAGAACCUGCAGCUACUAGAUCCAGACUUCCACUCCGGGCAAUUACCGUUAGUGACUCGUCUUACUUGGCUACUUUUGAUGUUCCCAAGACGAUCGAAGAACCAUCCAAAUAUCCAAAACAAAAACUUCGUAAAGAUAUUCCAAGAAAACCAGCAAAGAAGGUGUAUUCACAAGAUGAAAUUCCAGAGCAACACAGAUCAAAGCCAAAUGUUACAUUCAUGAUGAUUAUCACAAGUGUCUUGAAGACUGAAGCUGCAAGGAAUGGGUUAACCAUAAACGAGAUCACCGAGGCUAUAAAAGAAAUUUAUCCUUAUUACAAGUACUGUCAGGAUGGCUGGCAAUUCUCCAUUUCCCAUUGCAUCAAAUUCAACAAGAUUUACAAACGAUUAAUGAAACGAGGUACGGAAUGGUUAUUCACCAUGGAUGAUUUGUAUAUGAAUGAGCGAGAAAAGGCGAGAAAGAAGCAACAAGAAAUUGCCGCGGCCAGAGCCAAAGCAGAAGCAGCUAGACAAGAAGAGCUUAGACAGAAACAAAAAUUGGAAGCGCAACAAGCAAUGUCGCAGAAUUUAGCAGCGAGAAACUUCAAUUCACCUUAUGGAAUCCCCAAUGCAAGAUUCUCCCAGAAUCAAUUUGUUUCACAACUGCCAUACAAUAAGCAAUUGCCAAUUAGUGACGGUCAGAAACCAAAGACUAUCGCUGAAUUGGCCAGUGAGAUCAGGCGAGACGGUGUAGGAUCCAAAGCGCCUAUGUAUUUCAAACCAACAACCACCUCUCCACCAAUAGCGACUACGCCAGGAGCCAAUACAAUCAAGGCGCAAUUAGCAGCCAACAGGGCAUCAUCUCCAACUCCAUCCAUGUCUGAUCCAAACACUCAAAAGUCUUUGGAAUAUUUAAGAAAAGAAUUAUUUGUAUUGUACCGUGGUAGGAAGUUAACAUACGAUAAACAAACCGCAACCGUGUUGAUUACGAAGGCAUUAGCAACUACAAUUGCUCAGGUCAAUAGUAUUGGGGCGAAAGCUGGGUGUGGUGAAAAUGCAUUGGGAUUCUUGGUUGAAAGAGCGCCAGAACAAGUUAGCAAGAUUUUGGAUAUUGCAUUGACCAAGUCAAUAAAGGAACAUGAAGGUACUUAUACAAAUACAAAUAGUAGAGCAACAACCCCAGUUCCAACCCCAUCGCCAUCCAAACCAGAAACUAAUACUUCAAUAGCAGCCACAACAACGACACAAAUACCACCCGCAGUUUCUUCUCCGCUGAAGCCUGUUUCCCCUCCAGUCGCGGUUAAGCUCGAACAACCACAAGCAAAAGCGAUCACAACUCCACCAAUUAUCGGAACUGAUAAUCCUGUGAAGGCAGUUGUGGAUGCAGCCGCUGCUGCUGCAAGAAAUGAAACAAAACCAGUACUGCAACAAUCUCCUGUCAUCUCCAAAGCAAGUGUGGCAUCUACACCUACAACUACUCCACAACCAUCUUCAGCAACUUCAUCACCACCGGUAUCUACUUCUCCAUCCUUGGCUAAACCGCCCCUGUUUGUUCUGUCUAAACCCAAGGGAGAUUCCUUGGGUCGUCCAUCAGCUUUGGGAAGACCACAAAGUUUCGGGAAGCCUGGUAGUUCCGGUGCAUUGUCUCGACCUCCUACAUUCUUGUCCAAUAAACCUGCAUUUAGAUCAAAUGAAACUGAACAAGGUGUCAAACGUGAAUUGGAAGGUUCUUCUGUAGAUGAACAGGCCAAGAAGGUUCAGCGAACAGAGUGA